AUGGGUAUCGAUCUCCGUUACCACCACGUCAAGAAGGGGAACCGUCAGGCGCCCAAGUCGGAGGACCCGUAUCUCCUUUUGCUCGUGAAGCUUUACCGCUUCCUUGCUCGCCGGACCGACUCCAAGUUCAACCGUGUCAUCCUCCGCCGGCUGUUCAUGUCCAAGAUCAACCGCCCUCCUAUCUCCCUCUCCCGAAUCGUCAAGGAGACCCACGGCUCCAACCCCGACAACUCCAAGACUGUCGUUGUUGUCGGCUCUAUCCUCGACGACGAGCGUCUCCCCGUCGUCCCCAAGCUCUCUAUCGCGGCUCUCCGAUUCUCCACCUCGGCCCGCGAGCGUAUCGCCGCCGCCGGCGGUGAGGCUUUGACCUUGGACCAGCUCGCGCUCCGUGCCCCGACCGGAAGCAACACUGUCCUCCUCCGCGGCAAGCGGAACGUCCGUGAGGCCAUCAAGCACUUUGGUGGACCCCUCAAGGGCGGCAAGCCCUACGUUGCGAGCAAGGGCAGGAAGUUCGAAAGGGCCCGUGGUCGGAGAAAGUCGAGGGGUUUCAAGAUCAAGUCGACCCACAAGUAA